AUGGGGCUGAAUGCGGAUAUUGUGCACAGUGUGUCUCAAAGGGAAUUUACCACUUAUGCUGAGUGUUUGAGACAAUGCAAUGUUGCUGAAAACACCUUGAAGAGGGUUCGGGAAGAAAGAGAGCAGAACGAGCCGGUUCGUAUGAAUCAAGGGUGGUCGAGACAGCACUUGAAACCCCGUACUUCUCCAGCGGUGAAGAAACAGACCCAUGGUGGUAACUCAACUCAACCUUCUUGGUGUGGCAAGUGCAACAAGAAGCAUCAUGGGAAUUGUAGGCCGAAUUUUAGGAGUUGUUACAGGUGCCAUCAACCAUGGCAUUAUGCGGGGGAUUGUACUGCCCCAGAUGUUUCUGAGAAGACUAAAGGUCGUGUUUACACCUUGGACUCUAGGAAAGCCCAAGGAAACUCUAACCUUGUUGCUGGUACAUGCUAUGUCAAUAAUCAACCCUUGUUUGUGUUAAUAGUUUGUGGAGCGACGCAUUCUUUUAUUUCUUAUCAUUAUGUACGGAGGCUUGGUAUUGAGACAAGUCUUCUUUCUAAUCCUAUGAUUAUCUCGUCGGCUACUGACGAUGUAGUAGAAGCUCGAGAGGUUUGCAAGGAAUGUUCUAUUACUUUCAAUGGUUGUAGAUUUUUGAUUGACCUCAUUUUUCUACCACUUAAGAAGAUCGAUGUAGUGCUGGGAAUGGACUGGUUAUCGGCUAACUCGGUGUACAUCGGUUUUAAGGAGACGGCUAUCUUCAGUCUUGUUGAGGAGACCACAUCAACCGAGGCCAUUGAACAUCUUCUUGAAGGUACGGUUAACAUGAUUAAUUACCUUUUUGCUCAAGAGAAGUCUUUCCCUUUUGGUUCUUACGUCGGACUCCAAGGACAAGAAUCGUGUAUGGAGAUUCCGGUUGUGUGUUAA